UUUACUAUCACAAAUAUAAAAUAUAAAAGACAAAAUCCAGCGGACAAUACUGAAAUGCCAGAAAAAAAGAAGCCAAAAACCAAUAAAAGGACAUUGGAUAAAAUAGCCAGGGUUAAGGGUGAACCUUUUUUUAAUAAUAAAGGAAUAGCCAAGCCAGCUAGAGUUACUGGGCCAGAUUGCAGAUGUGCUCGUUUAAAAUGCUUUGAGAAGAUUACAGAAGACAAAACAAAUACCACUUUAACCAAAUUUAAUAUGCUUAAAUCUAAAGAUGCCCAGGAUAGUCAUCUUGCUGGAUUAAUAUCAUUUAGCCCCCCACGGCAAAGACGUAGUCGUAGAAGACAUCAAGAUGUGCCACAGGAUAAUGGAAUUCAGGAAGUGGAAGAUGCUGUGGAUGAGCCUUUACUACAAAAACAUCAACAUCUAGCUUCUUAUAAAUACAAAAUAAGAGAUGGAGUCAAUGAAGUGCUGGUGUGUGCCAAAGCAUUUUGUAGCAUAUAUGGAAUCUCAAAAGAAUGAUUGCGAUGAAUAAAGUUAUGUCUUGUAAAAACAGGAAAAUCUCCAAAGGACAGACGGGGUCAUUAUGCAAAUAGACCUCGAAAAACUGACAGAAGAGUGUACACUACUAUUCGUGAUCAUAUAAAAGCUUUUAAGUGUCGACAGUCUCAUUAUUCUCGCAGAGAUAAUCCAAAUGUAUACUACUUACCAGAAACUUUAAGUUGCAAAAAAAUGUAUAAAAUGUUUUGUGAAGAAAAUGCAGAUAUGCGAGUCACUAAUAAAGUUUAUUGUUUAUUGGCAGGUUUUUACAAGAGAUUUUAAGUUAAAGUUUGGUAUUCCAAAAAGUGAUACCUGUGGCAUAUGCGACAACUUAAUGCAACAGAUAAACCUCGAAACGGACAUAGAAAAAAAAUCAAAUUUAAAGACUGAAAAAAAUCUACAUUUAUGUAAAGCCGAAAGUUUUAUCAGCUAAAGAAGCAUUACCGAAAUUUAGCUAGGCAAAAUCCUGACGAUUAUUGUUGCAUAUCUUUCGAUUUUAUGCAGAACCAGUUCUCCAUAUUCGCACAAAUGAAGUUUUUUACGCCAUUCAGAUAUGGUACUAUGUUUUUGGAAUACAUAAUGAGGGAAAUGAUAAUGCAACAAUGUACUGCUAUGACGAAACUGUUGCGAAAAAAGGACAAAAUGAUGUCGCUUCUCUACUUUUUCACUUUUUAAAAAACCAUGAAGUUACCACAAAAAAAUUAAUAUUGCUCAGCGAUGGGUGUGCUGGGCAAAAUAAAAAUUAUGUUCUCAUGCGUUUUUUGUAUGUAUUAGCUCACUGUUUGCAGAUGUUCGAAAGUACUAUCCACAUAUUUCCAGUUAGAUGACAUUCUUUUUUAUCAAAUGAUAGAGAUUUUUCUCUCAUUGAAAGACACAAGAAAACUGCAACCGUUGAAGUACCUUCAGAAUGGGACAAGAUUAUAAAGGAAGCACGAGAAAAACCAUCCCCUUAUGAACUUGUUAACAUAGACUCAAACAUGAUAUUUGAUGUAUCAAGCAAUAUUUGUCCAUACUUUCUAAAAAACCCAAAACCACCGGUAAAAAUUAAAACAGCAAGAAUGCUUAAGUAUGACAGAAAUGAACCGGGAUAUGUACUAGCAAGACAAAGUUAUUCUGGAGAGUGGGAACGUAGUUACAUACGAAAUAACAAAUCCUUGCCAAGAGAAGUUCGUUUGACGCAAAACUACAAGGAAUCAGUAACACUAAAACAAUCCAAAAUUAAGCAUCUACUAAAUUUAUCAAAGUACAUUAAAAAAUCUAAAAAUUUAAUGUUUUAUAAAAGAUGUUAAAUACUCAUAAACAAGAUAAUAAAGAAAAUGAUACAGACAAU